CAAUGGGCAUCGCGCUUGUUGUGGAGCAGCCCCCCUUUCAAAGCUUAAAUUUUAACAGCUGAGCGCGGACGUUUCGCUGCUCCCCGGAAAACGCGAAUAAGCAUUAAGCGCAAAUUCGAAACGAGACGUUGGAGUAGUUGGCUGGGGAGUUGGUAUCGCUCGUCAUCGGCGUCAGUGUUUUUCGUCCGCCGCUUGCUAUCCACCCCCAAUCGCCCACCCCGUCCGGGAGUGUUUUCGGGACUUUUAUUUUCUUGAAUGAAAACCUUUCGUAUCCUGUAGUGGGAGAACGCGGCUAGGUUGUUGGAGACCCACAGAAUGCACUCGCUGCCCGGACAGUUCAUGAGAAUUUGACAUUUAGGCAGAAACCACAACAAAAACUAGCUGCAGAGCUGCAGAGAGGGGCUGAAGUUUUUGCUUUUAUAUUUUGGCGUGGGCUAGGAUUGGAGGACGGACACACCCACCCGAAAAACAAAGUGGUCCACAGCCAUACAGUAUAGAAGGCUUGUGUGCUUUGCAAGCCCGAGUGCCAAGUGCCAGUGUGUGAGUGGUGUGUUUGCGAGGAAGGGACUCGGAGCCGGUUUCGCAACUUAAUUGACAAAGCAAACAAAAGCCAACAAACAUUCAGAAAUCAUAAAUGCAGGCACCGAGCGAUACGAUACACAUCCCAUGAAUACGGCCCGCUGCUAUAGCCUGGCAGAGAUGCUGCUAUAAUUAGCUCUCCGGAUUCCUGUGCAGUCCCACGCACCCAGCAACAUGGUCAUCGUCGUCCGAGCCCCUACCCGCCGCCUCGGCCCUCUCAGAGUGGCUCAACUCCUGCCCCUGGCCCUGGGCCUCUGCUCCUGGCUGCUAAUCGCUGCCGCCACUGCCCACAACUGUCAGCACCAGCAUCCGAAGGCCCAUGAGGUCGUCCAUGGCGUGCGCAUCCAACUGGCUGAUGACUUGGACGGGGAGUCCGCCGGAGAGCCGCGGGAUCCAGCCAGGCAUAGCGUGCGGCGGCGCAGCGUGGCCGCCGAGCAACCGCUGCGGAUUCUGCUCGUCUACGAUGACUCCGUCUACAGGUUGGAGGAGGAGAAGUUCAAUUUAAUAAAUGACACUGUGCUACCGGAAGCCGUGCAGUUUUGGGAACAGGCGCUGAUGGUGCGGGAGACGAAGGGAGUCAUCCGGCUCAAUAGAAAGUGCGACAGCACCCAGGUGUACGUGAAGAAUGGCCAUACCCACUGCAUCGACCACUGCAAGGCAACGACCAUGUGCGGAGAGGUCCAGGUUCCCAACGAGCACUUGGAUGUCUGCAGGGUCUGCAACGCCACUGGGCAGAACUGCCGGGUCGACAGCAGCACCCAACCGGGGGAUGGCAUAGAGAACGCCGACUUUGUUUUCUACGUCUCGGCUCGCCAGACCCAGCGAUGCUUCAAGGGACUGACGGUGGCCUAUGCGGCGCACUGUCAACAGGAGGCCCUGCUGGACCGUCCCAUCGCCGGGCACGCCAAUCUCUGCCCGGACAGCAUUAGCACGAAGCCGCAGGAGCUUCAAACGCUGAUCUCCACCGUGAAGCACGAGAUUCUGCACGCCCUGGGCUUCUCCGUCAGCUUGUACGCCUUCUUCCGGGACGAUGAGGGCAAGCCCCGGACUCCCCGCAAGUCGGACACCGGCAAACCGUACCUGAACGAGAAGCUGCAGAUUCAUCAAUGGAGCAACCAGACGAUCCGCAAGGUGGUACGAGAGAACUGGUCCGUGCGAGGCGGCCACGUCCACAAGGUGGUGGACAUGAUGGUCACUCCGCGGGUGGUGGCCGAGGUGCGCAACCACUUUGGGUGCGAUAAGCUGGAGGGAGCUGAGCUGGAGGACCAGGGUGGCGAGGGCACCGCCCUCACCCACUGGGAAAAACGUAUCCUCGAGAACGAGGCUAUGACGGGCACGCACACCCAGUCGCCGGUCUUUUCAAGAAUCACGCUGGCCCUGAUGGAGGACUCUGGCUGGUACCGCGCCAACUACUCCAUGGCCACGCCCCUCUCCUGGGGCAAAGGCCUGGGAUGUGCGUUCGCGAUGCGCAGCUGCAAGGACUGGAUACAGAUGAAUCAUGCUAGAGGUCGUUCCAUACAUCCUUUCUGCUCCAAGGUGAAGCAGGAUCCCCUGCAAACCGAGUGCACGGACGACCGUAACUCGGUGGCCCUGUGCAACCUCAUACGCCAUGAGUUUGAGCUGCCGAAGGGAUACCAAAACUUCGACAGCCUCAACCAUGUGAAGGAUGGCGACGAGGGCUUUUACGGGGGAUCUGUUUCCCUGGCUGACCACUGUCCCUACAUCCAGGAGUUCACCUGGCGCAGCAAGAACGUGAUAGUGCGCGGAUCUCACUGUCGCUUCAUGGAGAACAAUCCUAAGCCCGAGAAGAACUUCGCUUUGGAGAGCUACGGCGAAGGUGCCAAGUGCUUCGACCACAGCGAGUCCAUGUGGGAGGAGCGCUCCUGCCACCAGACCCGCGAGUGGCAGCACUGGGGCAGUGGCUGCUACAAGUACGACUGCUUCGACGGCAGGCUGCACAUCCUGGUCGGGAACUACAGCUACAAGUGCUCCUUCCCCGGGCAGAAGCUCUCCAUCCGGAUCGCUGCGAACGGAUGGCUGCACAAGGGGGCCAUCAUGUGUCCUCCGUGCCACGAGCUAUGUGCGGAGCAGUUCGCCGCCGAGGGAAAGCAGUGUCGACCCGGCGAAGAGCCCGAUCCGCUCAACAAGUACCCGCGCGACAAUCUCGCCUGUGGAGCAGGCAGCGAGCUCAAGCGUUCUAUGGCCAUAAUCAGUACCGCCCUCUUCUGUCUGGGCCUCAGAUGGGCAUUCAGUUAGAUGGAUGAUCCCUCGGUCCUGCGGGGCGGUUUUAACGCUGUCUGUGUAUUUUAGAGAAAUUUGUACAUUUUAGCUGUAGGAUAUAAGCUCAAUUUUUCUAAGUUUGUGUAGAUUGUGUAAGUCAGAGGUUCUCCAGUGUGGUGUGGGUCGAUUUUUUGGGCGAGCAAGCGUUGAGGAGGAAGAGAAGUAUUGGCGCAACUCUUAGUUUAUAAUAAUCAGCUCAAAUUAAUUGAAAUAUUUCGUGUAAAUCGACCUGAGUACCUAAUAAUUAGCAAUCGUAAUUCCUAAUUAUAAUUUGUCCAUCCCAAAAAUGUGAUCUUUGCUAAGUGUGUCUGCGGAUUUUAUUUAAAAUCUUAAGGAAACCUAAGGACAGUUCCGAGUUCUCUAAUACUGAUCUGAACAUUCCAAAGCUUAUUGCAAACAAUACUUGAUAUUAGGGGAUUCGCCGGCAUCCCCCUCGCGAAUUGUUAAAAAUCUUUGUUAUUUAUUACGUCUAAUGUUUUCGAAAUCGUUUAGUUUCCUUAUUAUUUUUUAUUUUCAAUUAAUUCUCCCCUAUUUCAGCUGCCUAUCAAGCAUUUAAGAAGUUUUGUAAACCUAGCCCUCAAAUAAUAAAGUGUAGCCCCUAAGAUUUUAAAACAUUGUGAAUAUACCGAGUAACCCAUGUAAAUGUAAAA